AUGCCUACCAGAAGUGUCGAGCACACAAUCACAGUUGACUCGUCCAAUACCACGGCGAAACGGAAGGCUUUCGAUAUUCGCCCAGGCCAUAACCAAGCCGUCAAGCGACGUGCAGCGCGAGCAUGUACAGCUUGCAGAGGAAGAAAGAUCAGAUGCGAUAUUACAAAGAACGAGGGCAAAUGCACUAAUUGCAGACUUGAUGAUGUCGAGUGCAUUGUCGUCGCCUCAAGGAGAGGUGGCACGGAGAAGCAUAAACGGCCUCCACCCUCAUCGCUGCCGAACGCGUCGAAAAGUCCGGUAGGUUCUGGUGCUGGCAUCGCCACUGAUGCGGCAACGGCGACGCCCAUCGUGGCGACGAAUCCCAGUCCAAGCGUGUCUGGACAUGUACCCGUGUCGGUGACAUUCGAGGGCGACGCAGACAAGGUAUGGAACCACGCUGACAAGAGUAAUGAUACGGACCACACCGAGUCUCACAACGACAGCAUCCAGUCGAGUCCCGGCGAAGAUACAGCGGCGGUCCUGCGAAGCCAGCGCUUGGAAGAACACCCGCACUUACUCCAGUACCUUCUGCCUACCUUCCUCAAAGUUCCCAAACGACUGGCAGCAGAAGAUCUGAAUUAUCUCGAGGCAAAGGGUGCUCUGAAGACGCCGUCGCCUGCGCAUCGCAGGGAGAUCUUCCAGGGCUACUUGUAUGCCGUACAUCCAUUCAUGCCGAUGCUGGACAUCUCCGCCUUCAGCGGCGCGGUGUUCGAGUCGAAUGAUGAGUGUCAAAUCAGCCUGUUGCUGUUUCAGGCGGUUAUGUUUGCUGGACUUCAUGCUCUGGAGCCGACUACUAUCAGAGAUCUUGGCUUCAGCUCUGUCAAGGAUGCGCGUGAGGCCUUCUACAACCGUGUGAGGCUUUUAUACGAGUUCGAUAUCGAGGCCGACAACGCAGCGAUCCUGCAGUCAUUGAUAUUGAUGAGUAAUUGGUAUGGAAAAUGGGACGAUCGCAAACACACCUGGCACUGGACUGGCGAAGCGUAUGAUGUUGCACGAAACAUGGGGCUGCAUCGCGAGCCUGCGCAACGGUUUCCUGCGAAAGCGCGACACUUUCGUCGGAGGCUAUGGUGGAGUCUGUACACGAGAGAUCGGCUCAUUGCUUUGGGAACCCGGCGCCCGAUGCGCAUCCGAGAUGACGAAUACGAUGUGUCUCUCCUAACGCUAGAGGACUUCGAUCUUGAAGAGUAUGCCAGGGUAUAUUCAAGCCAUCCAAUUUCGCAAAGCACUGAAGAAGUCCAAGCACUCUCACAUAUGUGCAUACAACUCGUCAAGCUGUGUGUAGUCAUUGGGCACAUUGUCUCGUCUCAGUACACGGUUCUGAGCACGGAGGCAGAGCUGCCGCUCACAAUGAUGGUUCUGCCAAGAAGCUCUCCUGACAACGAAACAGAGCUUAGUCAAUGCGACGCGGAGCUCACGACUUGGUAUGAAAGCUUGGAACACGAUGUCAAGAGAAACGCGUCGGCUCCGGCUUUCGAGGAUCCAAGCAGCUGCUGUACAGUGCACUGGACGAUCAUACACCUAGUCUACUCGACCGCGAUGAAUGUGCUGCACCGUGCACAAGCACUCAGAUCUCCUUCGCCAUCUUCAGAUGUUCGGAGGACGCAGUCCGCUUCACAGGCAAAAGUCAGGGAAACUGCUCGAGAUCUCACGAAGUCUCUGCGGUCAAUGUUAAGCCUCGAUCAAGUCCGUUUUCUCGGCCCUUUCGGAGUGACCGCCCUUGUAGCGACAAGUCUGUCGCAUGUACUCGAUAUCGACGCGGAUGACGAAGACAUGCGUGAUGCAAGUGCAUUCAGGCUGUCGCAGACGCUCCAGGUGCUCCAGAGCUUGCGUCUCGGCUGGGCUUCGGCAGAUGCCGCGGUCUCUUUCAUUACAGCCGUCACGCGUCGAGCCGGCCUGAUCAUUCCAAUGCAAGGUGCCUCGAUAUCAUCUGCGGACCCAGUUCACGCUCGCAGAGUCGUGCCGAAGCCACGAACGAGGCCUGAGCGCAGCAGGGGCGUGGAAGACUCCGCCAUCCUUGGCCGAGACUCUUCCGGGAGUCAUACGCAGCGACGAGAUCAGGAGAUGAACGAGCGAAAUGCCCAAUCUAUUUUGCAGAAUCUCAUGCCUUCGACGACUCUGCUACCAAACGCGGCUCCUCUUCCACUUGUGUCUGAUUUGCUCGCUGCGCCAGGCCAGGGAUCUGCCGUUAGGGAUUCGAACACCCCUUUUACUGCGGGAUCCAUACUGAUGCCGGAACCCUAUGGCGACCAGGGCGCAGAGAUGUACUCUGCUGGUACAUCAAAUAUUGCACUCCCUGGUCCGUUCUGGGACUGGAACGUUGAGGGCGACGAAGGAAUGGACCUUGAUGCAAUGACGUUUGGUUAUGAUUUUUACUCGAAUACAUUCUAG